AUGUCUGGACGUGGUGGUAAAGCACGCAAGAAGCCUAGUUCUCGAUCAGCUCGAGCUGGUUUACAAUUUCCUGUGGGUAGAAUGCAUAGGCGAUUGAAAUCUUCUACGCAUCAUUUAAGAAUUGGUUCUGGCGCACCUGUUUACUUGGCUGCUUGUAUCGAAUAUUUAACUGCCGAAAUUUUGGAACUAGCUGGCAAUGCUGCUCGUGAUAAUAAGAAGUUACGUAUUAUUCCCAGGCAUAUCCAAUUGGCUAUAGGUAAUGAUGAAGAACUUCACAAGCUACUGAGCGACGUUACAAUUGCAUCCGGAGGUGUGUUACCUCACGUCCAUACUGAACUUUUAUCAAAAAAGGCGAAAGGAGGCGGCGCGUCUGUAGCAGCUGCUGCAGCUCCAAAAAAGAGCAAAGUCAGGGUAUCAAGAGUUGGUAAAAGUACUCCUGCCAAAUCGAACUUUUCUAAAAAGAGCGGUAGUUCUACAAAAGCGUUUAAAAAUUCUGAGGUUACUAUCCUAUCAGAGAAACAACUCUUUCUUGGCCAGAAGCUAAUUGUUACGAAAGGUGAUAUUACGAAGAUUUCUACUGAUGGUAUUGUCCAUCCAACAUCUUCUAACUUUAGCCAUGCUGGAAUGAUAGGAGGAGCAUUGAGUUCAGCUGGAGGGAAACAAUAUAUGGAUGGUGUUGCGAAAGUGGAGCAAGAGACAGGGAGUUUGCCUGUUGCUGGGGUUACUGGAUCGCCUGCUGCCAACUUAUCGGCACAGGAAGUGAUACAUGUCCAUAGUCCUUCUUGGGGAUCUACUGACUGUCAAGGUAACUUAGAAAAAGCUGUUCGUAAUAUCUUGGAUUAUGCAGAUAAAAAAGGGAUGAAAUCAGUUGCUAUUCCUUCUAUCGGAAGCGGAAGUAACAAUUUCCCGAAAUUGACGGCAGCUCAAAUCAUCUUGAGAUCCAUUGCUAAAUAUUUCGUUGGUGUAAUGUCUUCAUCACUCAAAGAGGUCUAUUUCGUUUUAUGGGAUGAAGAGAGUAUUAAUAUUUACACCAGCGAGCUGAAUAAACUAGAUGUAUCUGGCUAG